AGCUGCUGCUGCUGUCAAAAGCAUAUUGCAGGUAGCAACCUGGUACAGACGCACACACUUUGCCCGACGAUUGGUGGUUUGACAGUCGUCUGUUUUUUUCUCGCCUCUUGCCCAGCCGCGUUCCGGAUUCCUGUUUUGUGCGGUUCUAGCGCGAGUACGAAUGGAAAAACACACGGAAGAAAAAUGGCUGAUGCGAAAAGAUCAACAAUAACGAUGAACAACAGCAGCAGCGGCGGCGGCAGCGGCAGCAGCAGUAGCAACAGUGGAAGCACCAGCAAAUCUCGCAAAUCCAAAACCGAUCUGAUACGCAGCAUCGUCGGGUCGUAUCUGAAAGCGCGCAACUACAGUGUUACCGAUCGUUACCGCAAGUCGGAUCUCAUCCUCACGCAAUCAACCGAGCAAAUCGUGAUGAACACUGCCAUCAAAAACGACACAUCGAUGGUGAACAGUUUUCUGUACUCCAACAUCUGCCUAAACACAAACCUAACGCAAGUUGAUCAACAUUUUGCCAAAUUCGCAAAGUUUGUACGAAACCAGCCGGACCCGAUUCGCUCGGAGCUGAAUGAGAUUAUCCCACCGCUGCUCUGCCAUCUGUACAUCGAGAUGUUGAAGGGACGCGACUGGCGGCCGGCAGCCGAGUUCCUGCGCAAGCAUGCACCGCUGGUGGGCAAAGUGGAACCGUCCGCCGGGCCACCCGGUUCGUCGCCAUUGCUCCUGCUGAAUCAGCAGAAAAUAAACGGCACCAUCGACAGUGCACCGCUAGGAGCGGAGAUGGGUCCGUUCGGGCCCGCCGCAGCAACUGUCCACAGUUCCGCCAUCGUUUUCGGGCCGGGGCGGUCGACCGACUCGACACGCGCAGAAACGUACCGAAGGUUGAUCCAGAAGCUCUCGCAAAUCACCCGGUUUCAGGACUGCGAAAGCGAGCCCCUGUUCGUGCAGUUUCGUUCCUGCCAGACGCAGCUACGGCUCCGUUCCGCGUCCAUCGCUGCCAUGCGCCAGUAUUUGGCGAAAUACGGCCACUCUCUCAUUCUGCAGACGUUGCGCACGUGGUUCUGCUUCGACACGGCGGAUGACAAGAACUUUGUGGACUUCCGGCCCGACAUGACGAGUGCUGUCGUACAGGCGGGCUCGAUCGAGCGGUCGGCGCCCCGUUCCAGCUCCUCCAAUGGUCAGCUGAACGGCACCAGCGUACCGAUGGAGGUGGACGAGGGUGCGACACCUGCCCAGCUGCGUCCAGCCGUGGAGCCGGAGUACGAUUUUACUGAGCAUACGGAGCGUGAAAACGAACGCUACCUAUUGCUGAAUGGUUUUAAUGCACGUUACUUGCGGUACAAAAUGCUCGACGCAGAAAACGGAGUGCCCGCCAACGAUCGCCUCGGCGGCACGACACUGUUCGGCGAGGACGAGGAUGAGGAUGAGUACGACAGCUGUAUGAAAGACACACAGGCGGCGGAGAGCGGGAUUGCGGAACAGCAGCAGCAGCAGCAGCAAGAUGGCUCGGUCACCGGCGGCGUUGAGAUGGACGGAAUGUUCCCGCGAAUGAGCAGCCAGGAACGGUUGCGACGGUUAAAGGAAAGUGCGGAAAGGCUGUCCAUCUACCAGCGACCGCUGUGCGUGUACAGCCUGGAGAACGUGGGCCAUCAGCUGACGAGCGUGGCGAUCGAUCCCGGCUGCUGCCAUGUGGCGAGCGGCUUCGAAGACUCCACCAUUAUGCUCUGGUCCACCAACCGCAGCACCCAGAUGGGCCGGAAACCGUACGCUAGCUGGCGCGACCGGCAGUGCUGCUGGAAUGUGACUUCCUGUGAUAGUAGGUUUAGUGAAUCGGAUGAAUCCGACGACGAGUACGGGGACGAUGGUGCCGAUGGUGCUGGCAGGGGUGACGACCACCGACCGGAGCACCGGAUAGCGGGAGAGGAUAGACACCGGGACGGGACGUCGCUGCUGGACGACGGCAUCGACAGUAUGUUCGAUCUGAAGACGCGCAAGGACAUCGAGCGUAUGAAUAAGCUGCUGCCACCGCACAAACGCCGGCUCACGAAACGGGAACGAUGGAAGCAAUUUCUCGACCACCGUUGCUUAGAAAACACAUUCUCGGAAACCGGUGGACUGUGCUUGCGCGGGCACGGCAACGCGGUGACGGAUCUGCUGUUCUCCGACCACAGCCCACUGCUGGUAAGCGUGGCGCGGGACUGCACCAUGCGCGCCUGGACGGGCAGCGAUUACACGUGCCGGGCGAUAUACCGCGGCCACAACCAUCCGAUCUGGUGUGUGGCGGAAAGUCCCACCGGGCUGUACCUGGCGACCGGGUCGCGUGACACGACGGCCCGCCUGUGGUCUACCGAUCGGCGCUUCCCGCUGCAGAUGUACGUCGGCCACACGCAGGACGUCGACGCGGUGGCAUUCCACCCGAACGGGAACUAUCUGGCCACCGGUUCGACCGACCUGUCCGUGCGGCUGUGGUGCGUCACCAGCGGGAAGCUGCUCCGCAUCUUUACCGACUGUCGGCAACCGGUGCAGCGGAUAUGCUUCAGUCCCGAUGGGAAAUAUCUAGCGGCCGGAGGGGAAGAGAAUCGUGUGCGCAUCUUCGAUCUGACUGCCGGUUCGCAGCUAACCGAGCUGAAGGAUCACACAGCGGCCAUUACUUGCAUCACGUGGAGCACCGACAGUACGCAUUUCGUUUCUUCGUGCGCGGACGGAACGAUACGGAUCUGGGAUGCUAAGCGGAUGUUGCUUCCGUCCUCCUCUUCGUCGUCCCCUUCGUCGGGUGGUUCUUCCACUACCACUUCCACCACCAGCAGCAGCAGCAGCAGCAGCAGCACGUCAGUGUUGAUGGGCCAAACGCCACUAGCGUCCACGACUGGACGGAGCAACAAUGCCGCCACGCUUAACAAUGGCACCUCCAAUCCAAAGAUGAACAUCACAGCCAACAACCCACAGCAGGCGGCGGCAGCGGCAGCAGCGUUCGGUGCUGCUGGAGGUGGUAGAAGUGGUACAGGACAUCAUCAGGGCGAUACGGCAGCAGCUUCCGGGCUGCCGCCAGUGGCGGGCACGGGGGCCGCCAGUAGCAAUAAUCUCCUGCUCGCAUACUCAACUGGUUGUCGGCGAAUUUAUCGACUGCACUACAAUAAGCUUAGCGGUGGAUUAGCGUGUUUAGGUAGUAGUUAAUGAAAGCAGGUGAAAGUGAGCGAGGGAAAGAGGCAGAGAGAGAGAGAGAGAGAGAGAGAGAGAGAGAGAGAGAGAGAGAGAUAAAGGGAGAGUUAAAGGGAGAGAGAAAGCAAACCUGGAAUAAGUAUUAUUUAUUUGAAACUCAGUCCUCCAGUAAGCAGCAGAUGCAGACACACGCUCGUGGAAUGUGAAUAGUAGCGGUAGCGGUAAAAGUAGAAGUAGCAGUAGUAGUAAUCGGUCUGUCUGCUAAGAUUAUGGAUUAUGAGUGUAGAAAAUGACAAAAUCCGGUGCAUUGUUCAGAGUGAGCAGCUGAAGCGCGUGUGUGUGUGUGUGUGUUUGUGUACCCCGCAAGAAAAAGAUUCGUUCUCGCCUGCUGCACCACCACCACACCGCCGCACAAAACACGCGCUGUUUCGUGGGCCCCUUCUCAUAAUGCUUCUUAAAGGGCAAAGAGGUGGGAGAAAAUUAAUUGCAAACAAUAAAAAAAAAAACAAGUGUAGGCAGGUAAGGAAAGGGCUCGUCAACAUGUCCAAACAAAA